UGCUCCAUUCCAACUCAUCUUCACUCCCAAACUCCUACUCCUACUCUCUCUCUCUCCUCUCUCUCCUACACUUAGUACUCUCUCUCUCUCUCUCUUCUGUCAUCACCAUCUAUUGUCGUUUGUCUAUGGAGUUUGUCGUUUUACUCUACACCAUUCCAGUCUUUUACUUCAUCUUCAUGAUCUGGAAGCGUUACGAACGGAGUGGAGACCAAGAAUGCUACAUUCUCGACUACCAGUGCUAUAAGCCAUCGGACGAUCGAAAGCUCAACACUGAGUUUUGCGGUGAUGUCAUCAGGCGCACCAAGAACCUUGGUCUCAUGGAGUACAAAUUUCUUCUUAAGGCCAUUGUCAGUGCUGGAAUCGGUGAACAGACCUACGCCCCGAGAAUAAUGUUCGCCGGCCGUGAAGACUCUCCCACCAUCGAAGAUGGGAUUUCCGAGAUGGAGGAGUUUUUCACAGACAGCGUUGGAAGACUUCUCCGCCGGACCGGAAUAUCUCCGUCGCAGAUCGAUGUUCUCGUUGUUAAUGUCUCUAUGCUCUCCACGGUUCCGUCCUUGUCUUCUCGUAUCAUUAACCACUACAAGAUGAGAGAAGAUAUCAAGGUCUAUAACCUCACUGGAAUGGGCUGCAGCGCGAGUUUGAUAUCGGUCGAUAUCGUGCGAAACGUUUUCAAGUCGUGCCAAAACAAACUCGCCGUCGUCGUCACCUCCGAGUCGCUCAGCCCGAACUGGUAUUCGGGAAACGACAGAUCCAUGAUCCUCUCCAACUGCCUCUUCCGGUCCGGUGGCUGCGCUAUACUCCUCACCAACAAAAGAUCGCUACAACAUAAAACCAUGUUUAGACUCAAAUGCUUGGUCCGUACCCACCACGGAGCCAGAGACGAGUCGUAUGGAUGCUGCUUACAGACAGAGGACGACCAAGGCAGACUUGGCUUCCAUCUAGCCAAGAAUCUUCCCAAAGCCGCAACCCGAGCCUUUGUUGACAACCUCAGAAUCAUCGCCCCGAAAAUCUUACCUAUCCGAGAACUUCUCCGCUUCAUGGCCGUCUGGAUAUAUUGGAAAACGACAACCGUAAAAACCUCCAAAAAGGGUGUUUCUGCAGUGACAAUGGCGUCGACGGUGACGUCUCAGGCGGUGAAGGCCCCGGUGAUUGAUUUCAGAACUGGGGUUGACCAUUUUUGUAUCCAUACCGGUGGGAAGGCGGUGAUAGAUGGUAUAGGAGUGAACUUGGAUCUGAGUCCUUACGACCUAGAACCCGCGAGAAUGACGUUGCACCGGUUCGGAAACACGUCAGCGAGUAGCCUGUGGUACGUUCUGGCGUACAUGGAGGCGAAGAAAAGGUUGAAGAAAGGGGACCGGGUAUUCAUGAUUAGCUUUGGUGCCGGCUUUAAAUGCAACAGCUGUUUAUGGGAGGUGGUGAGGGACUUGAAUGGAGGAGAAGAAAAUGUGUGGAACGAUGACAUUGAUGAGUACCCACCAGAAACUUUAACCAACCCUUUCAUGGAAAAGUAUGGUUGGAUUCAAGAUGAAGAUCCAAGCACCUUCAAGAUACCCACCAUGUGAAGAAAUAAAAAAAAACAGGUGAUAUGAAGAUAUAUUUAUUGUCAUUAUCUCAAUGGUUCAUGAUAUCAAUAUUUUCACUCUAGUUAGGGUUUACAAAAUUCGUUUAAGAUUGAGGAAAAAAAAAAGAAGAAGAAAGAAGUGUCUAGUUUUUUGUUUUUAAUUGGGGGGCGGUGGGUUGGUGGGGCUGAUCAUAUUAUUAUUUUCUUUGUGUACACUAUAAGAAGGUUAUUAUUGUUGAAUCCCUUGGCGGAUUUCAUAACCCAAUAAGUGUCUUGAUUUAAAUCCUUAUUAUACGAAUGAAAGCUUUUAAUAUUA